UAAGCAAAGAUUUCUUUUUAAGUACAGGAGUUGCUCAGGGUGAUGAGGACAAUUGAUGACAGGAUAGUCCAUGAAUUAAAUACUACACUUCCAACAGCUUCCUUUGCAGGGAAAAUCGAUGCCAAGCAAACCUGUCAAGAGCUCUACAAAUCUCUGAUGGAGGCUCAUACCAGCAGGGAGAUGAUGAUCAAAACUUGCAUUGCUCAGACUUCCAAUGUAGUAAAAGCUCUCCAAGAAGAGAGGGAGAAGGCUGAGAAUGAUAUAGCAUUGUUAAAGCAACUCAGAAAAGAGCAGACGAAGGCAUACCUGACUGGGGUGCUGGAAUGGCGGCAGGAGAGCAAGGGCCUUCAAACUUGUGGAGCGCAGCAGAGGCAGAAUGCAAUUGCAAGAGAGGUGUCGCUGUCAAAAGCUAGGUUAACCUCCCUUGGCCCUGCAACUGCUUCAGUUUUGUAUUGAGUGAGAAUCCAAAGCCCUGAAUUUGGUGGCAACUGCAGGGGUAGGGGGGGAUUAACCUGGCUUUUGACAGUGACACCUAACACCACCUCCUGCAUCAAUGUCCUUCUUCCUCACAUAUAUUCCUUCUACUCUAUGUUGUGAAGGCUUAAGACCCUCUGUUCCAUUCUGGCACCUCCCUUUACUGAAAGCCUGGGACUUGUGUGCCACUCACAACUGCCUGUGCCA